CACCACCACCACCUUCAUCAAUCAUCAUCAUCAUCCUCACCACCCAUCAGCGUGACCAUGGGCUCCCAGUGUCUUUGUGCACAGUGUAGAGAGCCUAAGUAGCAUGCCAUGAAGAGAGCAGAAAAAACAUCUGACAAGCAAACAACAAGAGACGUCUAAGUUCUCACCCGCCCCGAUCCACCUCUCUUUUCUCUCUUUUACUUGCUUUAGUUUUGCUCUAGUUUUGUUUGCUAUACCUUCCCUUUUCUCUCAGUCUCUUUCUUUCAUUCUUCCUUUUUCUAUUUCCUCUCUCUCUCAUAAUCUGCUCUCAUUUUCACUCCCCGUUCAUCUCUCACUUUCUCUCUCACCCUUUUCCCCCAUCCUCUCCAUCCCGCCGCUCCGUUGCCAUGGCCACCACGGGCCUCCAGGUGCUGGGCGUGCUCCUGGCCGUGGCGGGCUGGGUGGGCGGGGCCCUGGUGACCGCCGCCCCCUUCUGGCGCGUGUCGGCGUUCGUGGGCGGGGAGCUGGUGGUGGCGGAGGCCCAGUGGGAGGGGCUGUGGAUGAGCUGCCUGGUGCGCUCCAGCACCGGACACACCCAGUGCAAGACCUUCGACUCGGGCCUGGCGCUCGCCCCGGGCACCCAGGCGCGCCGCGCCCUGGCCAUCGUCGCCCUCCUCCUGGGCCUGCUGGGGCUGGGCCUCGCCGUCCUGGGCCUCAAGUGCACCCACUGCCUGGGCGCCGCCCACGACGCCAAGGCGCGGCUGGCGCGGGCGGGCGGGUUGGUGUUCGGGGCGGCGCUGACGUUCCUGGUGCCCGUGAGCUGGACGGCGCACAUGGUGGUGAGGGACUUCUACGACCCGGCGGUGGCGGCGCCACUCAAGCGGGAGCUGGGACCCGCCCUCUACCUGGGCUGGUUCGGCCUUGCUCAUGCUGGUGGGGGGCUCUGA